GCGGGCCUUCUGCUGGCAAGACGACCUUCAUCAGAAGAGCUGCUGAGUUGAUGGGUCAGCAAGAGCCUGUCUUCCUGUUCUGUGAUGAGACAGACAUUAAGAUGUUACUGGGUGCAUACGUGUGUGGUGAGACUGUCGGGGAGUUUGUUUGGCGACCUGGCGUUGUCACUGAAGCUUUGCAACAGGGGAGAUGGCUUGUGCUAGAAGAUGUGGAUAGAGUACCUGCAGAGGUGCUGGCAGCUCUACUGCCCUUUUCAUCAUCGAGACGCUUGGUCAUUCCUGAAAGGAACCAGUGCAUCGAUGCGCACAAGGACUUCCACCUUUUUGGAACGUUCUCUUCUGGUUCACAGCCUGUGCUUUGGCAAUCCUUCGAGAGCGCCGGCGGAACAGAAGGUCAUGUCAUUGGAUCCCAUUUGGCUGGCAUUGGUGGCAGGGUUCCGCCGUUGGUCUCUGCCUGGACUCGGGUCCAGCUUGCCCCGCUACUACAGACUCACUUGGCAGAGUUGGUUGAUGGUCUUUACCCUGAGUUUACGCCGUUGAAUGCUCGAUUGCUGGAGUCUGCUGCAGUACUACAGCAGCAGGCUCAUCAAGCUGGACCUGCGUUGGGGUCUGGACCCGCAACGGGUCCGCGUGACAUCCUGCGCUGGUGCGCACGUUUGCGCAAGGCGCAAUUGGUCUUAAGUCCAACCUUUACGGAGGAGAGCCGUGCAGUCCUCUUACGCGAAGCGCUGCAGGUGUGUUGCUGGGCCGAGUGGCAGACCUUCGGCAUCGCCGUUCGUGACACAGGAACUGGAAAGACUUCAGUAGUCCAGCACGUUGGACGCUUGCUUGGCAGAGAGGUGUUGGUUUACAACUUCAAUGAGCAAAGCGAGAGCACUGAGCUGGUUGGUGGAUUUCGGCCUGUCGACAAUGUGAUGCAGCUUAUGUCGGAGCUAGUUGAGAGCUUCUGCUUGACCUUUGAGAAGUCUUUCUCUCGCCGAAAGAAUGCCAAGCUUUUGGAGAAGCUGCGCAGCGACUUUCUCGAUCGCCGUUGGGCAGCAGUCCUCAAUGAUGUGGGCAGCAUUGUCAGCAAGGCCAAGCAGACUCUUUGUGAUCCCGUCACACAAGCGUCGAAGGGUGUCAAGGGAACCCAGCUGGCUUUUGAGUGGGAGCGAAUAGACUCAUUACAUCAGAAAGCAAGCUCUGUCACAGCAGCAGGUUCAGCUCCAAAGUUUGAGUUCAAAGAAGGCUUGCUAGUCCAGGCCUUGCGCUCGGGCGCUUGGGUCGUUCUGGACGAAAUCAACUUGGCUCCCUCCGACCUUUUGCAGCGAAUUCAGGGGCUCAUCGAGCGAGCGCCAGGAGCUCAUUUGGCCUUGCCGGAGUCUGGCAACGAGCGAGUGCUGCCGCAUGCCGAUUUUAGGUUAUUCGCUUGCAUGAAUCCGCCUCGCUUGCCCCCUCCUCCUGAAGAUACGGAGUCUGCGGAGCAGGCGCAAAGUGCUCCACCUGGCGCCCGAGCUGGGCAAGCCGCAGGAAAGAAGGAGUUGCCUCCUGGAAUUCGAGGGCGUUUUACUGAAAUCUUUGUUGACGAGGCAGGUGAGUGUAUUCCUUGA